UUCUCCCCCUCCGACCAACUCUCUCUGCGAUGCGGCGGCGGCGGCGGUGAUGGCGGGCUUCUUCCGCACCGGCAACCUCGCCUCCAGGGUCUUCGACCGCCAGUGCUUCUCCCCGCGCCCCGGCGCAACCGUUAACACCGUGAGGCAGUUCUACGAGAAUCUGGUUCCGAGCUACACUAUAUACGACAUAGAGUGUCCGGAUUAUUCGUUCCGCAAGUUCACUGAUGACGGGAAGUAUCUCGUGGCUUUCAGCCGGAACCACCAAGAUUUGAUCGUGUACCGGCCCAUCUGGCUAACCUUCUCGUGCAACGAGGAGUGCGAUUCUCAUGAUCUUCCGGCUAAAGCAAAGAGAUUCGACAGCUUCUUUAAGCAGCUCUACUCGAUUUCGCUUGCGUCCAGCAACGAGUACAUCUGCAAGGACUUCUUCCUGUACGUAGCAUGCCAUCAAUACGGCUUAUUUGCAACGUCAACUGCACAGAGUAACGAUUCUGCUGCCAGUGAGGGUGCAAUUCACGGGGUACCAUCGAUGGAGAAAAUUACUUUCCAUCUUGUGAGGCUAGAAGAUGGUGCAAUCCUAGACGAGAAGGCUUUCCGCAAUGACUUCAUUAAUCUUGCUCAUAGCAUUGGAGCCUACCUGUAUGAGGAUCUGCUUUGCAUAGUUUCUCUUCGGUAUCAAACAAUACAUAUCCUACAGAUCCGAGAUUCUGGCAACCUUGUUGAGGUGCGCAGGAUUGGAGCAUUUUGCCAGGAAGACGAUGAAUUAUAUCUCCAUUCACAUGGCCAGGUUGCACAUGGGAGUUCUUUCCUUCCUGGCAUCAAGCAGCGGUUGUUGUCAUUUAUUUUCCGCAAGACAUGGAAUGAGGAACCCGAUCAGGCUUUGAGGGUCCAACAUCUGAAGAAGAAAUUCUAUUUUCACUUUCAAGACUAUGUGGAUCUUAUCAUAUGGAAGGUACAGUUUUUGGAUCGCCGUCACCUGUUUAUCAAGUUUGGUAGCGUGGAUGGAGGGGUUUCUCGAACCACUGAUCAAAAUCUAGCAUUCUUUGCUGUGUACAACAUGGAGACAACAGAGAUUGUCUCACUCUAUCAGAAUUCUUCGGAGGAGCUGUAUUCACUGUUUGAAACUUUCUAUGAUCAUUUCCAUGCAAAUCCACAAAAUUCUUUGCACGGAAAUUUUAUCUCGUCACAUGCCAAUAAUGUUCAUGCUCUCGAUCAACUGCGCACCAUUAGGAAUAAAGCAAGCAGCACUUCCCAGUUUGUGAAGAAGAUGGUGUCACCAUUACCUUACACUUGCCAAUCACAAAGUCCUUCACCCUACUUUGACCUAUCCCUUUUUCGGUAUGAUGAGAAGCUGAUUUCAGCAGCUGAUCGGCAUAGGCAUUGCACAGAGCAUCCAAUAAAAUUCAUAUCAGUGAAGCAACCAAACGUUGUCAAAUUUAAGAUAAAACCAGGUUCUGAUGCUGGCUCUUCUGACGGCAGGGCGAAGAGAAUAUCUUCCUUCUUGUUCCACCCGUUUUUUCCGCUCGCGUUGUCGAUUCAGCAGACGUACAUGCAGGCAACUGUUGUCAAUGUACAUUUCCGGAGAUAGAGAGGUUAUAGUUGUGUUGACUUGACUGUAUUUAUAUCAGUAGCCGGCGAGCUUGCAACACAGCUCAAUAGAAAUUUUGGCCAUGUGUAUCAUCGCUAUAGGGAAAAAACUGGAGUAGUUUUGACAUCUCGAUGAUCCUGUGCUCAUGUGUUGUUCUUGAUCUAUUUUUAGUAUGCUAGGUUAGCAUGAUCAAGUUGGAAAUGUAAAAUGUAGCAGGAUGGUAAAUCUAGAUUUGUAUUUGUAUCA